AACUCACUCAACUCAAAGCAAAUUAUGCCUUAUGAAGCAUAUUUUCGUCACAGUUUAAUUCCCAACUUAAUAUGAGUGAAAUACAGUUAAUUCAUAUUUACGUCAUACAAACAUUAAUCUGGAAGAGAAUCGCGCAAGCGCAAUAAACCAGUCUGUGAAGUGUUAUGGUAAUUGCGUUUCAUUGGAGGGUGCGCGCGGACACUUUGCUGGGUCUAGCUGCAGUCCAUGGACCUCCCUAUAAACGCCAUUCGUUGCAAUGUGUGAUGAUGGGCCAUGUAGAAAGAUAGCGAUUUAACAGGAAUACACUAUUUCAAACCUUUGUUAAUUUAAUGUAUAACCAUUUCUGAGCUAUUCGGCAUUUAUUUAACCUGAGAGGCGGUAACACAGGCCCAGGAUUGGCUCUUGUUGCUGGGAGGAGACCACUCGGCUCCUUGCUAACAUUAUUAGCUUGCUAUGAUGCGUUACUGUUGCCGCUGGAUAUUUUUCAUAGCAGGAUAUUAUAAAGUCUGUGGAUAGCCGUUUUCAUCUCUGACUUUCUAAGGCGACUUGGAAAUCCCCAACACAUUUCAAGAUGGACAUGGAUUUGCCUGUUGGUGGCGACAAUACCAGGAGAAGAGUUGAUUUGCCUGGAAGUGCAGAAGGUGUAAUGGAAAUUGUACCUUUGGAGAUGUAUGACUCUGCCAGAGCUAAAAUAGCAGCCAAUUUGAGGUGGCUGUUUGCCAAGGCUUAUGGCAUUGACCAUAUACCUGAAGAUCUGAGGGACCCUUUUUACACAGACCAGUACGAACAGGAGCACAUCAAACCUCCGGUCAUUCGCCUGUUACUUUCCUGUGAGCUCUACUGCAGAGUCUGCUCCCUCAUCCUGGAGACAGAGCAGGCCGCCUCCCUCCAGUCCCACAUGUCCGUCAUCCAGGCUCUGUCCAGAAAAGGCAUUUAUGUGGUGGAGAGCGACGACACACCCGUGACAGAGGGAGACCUGGCCUGUAUGCCCAUCAAAAUGAGUGCCCACAUGCCCAUGAUAGAUGCUCUUAUGAUGGCCUACACAGUGGAGAUGAUCAGCAUUGAGAAAGUUGUGGCUUCUGUUAAACGCUUUUCUACCUUCAGUGCCUCCAAAGAGCUGCCAUUUGAUCUGGAGGAUGCCAUGGUUUUUUGGAUUAAUAAGGUGAACACAAAGAUGAGGGAAAUCUCAGAAAGGGAGCAUAAAGUAAAGCACCACCCACUGGAGUCGCCCAGUCACCAAAAGGUGAGGUAUCGUCGGGAACAUGGCUCUGGUCGACAGGUGCCCUUUUUUCCAGCAGUGGAGGACCUAAUGAGAGAUGUUUGUGAUGGAGCUGCUCUUCUUGCUGUAGUUCACUACUACUGCCCAGAUGUGAUGAAGAUUGAAGACAUUUGCCUGAAGGAAGUGACCUCUAUUGCUGAUAGUCUCUACAACAUUCAGCUACUCAAAGAGUUUGCCAAUGAAUAUCUCAACAAAAGCUUUUAUCUGACCACAGAAGACAUGCUCUACUCUCCUCUUGUACUUAAGCACAAUGUCAUGGUGUUCAUCGCUGAACUAUUCUGGUGGUUUGAAACGGUCAAGCCAGAGUUUGUCCAACCCAGAGAUCUACAGGAGGUAAAAGAUGCACGAACAAUUUCUCAGCCCAAGGGAGUCCGUCCUUCAGUGCCCAUUUCUAAUGCCACCAAGAGAAGCUUUCUGUCCAGCCCCACGGUGUCAGAAAACCAAAGCUGUCCUGAAGUCUGUAACAGUAAAGGAAGCCCAUCCUUCAGUCCUUCCCAUCCACUCUUACCUCUACGGCAGAGGCAACAAAAGCAGCAAGGAGAAGAUGGCGCUGGUCUUAGAAAUAGGUCCAACUCCUUCACCCACAUGGAUGGACAAGGUCGUAGUUCUAUCACAGGCUGGUCUGACAAGAGGCAGAGGCCUUUGUCGACGCUUAGUCCGUACUUGCUUCAUUCGGCCACAGACAGUGAUGCAGACAGAACUUCUGGAGACAGUGUCAGUCUGGCCCGCUCUAUAAGUAAGGACAGCCUGGCGUCAAAUGUGAUCAGUGUCACUCCCAAACACCAAACUGCUCUGCUUCAGAACUCACAAGCAGCACUGAGGCGAGUGAAUGGUCAUGGUGCUAUGCCCAACACUGACCACGAGGAGGAGACUCUUAUUAUUAGGACUGAUUCUCCCGUUAAACGUCUGGAAGGAGCACAGGCAUCUGCAUUAGCAGGUCAAUCAUGUUCUGAAUCUAAACCCACAACUGAAGGAUUUUACUUAGAACCUCUGAUGCCAGCAGUCCUCAAAACACCUAAGGAGAAGUCUGUGUGUUUGAACAAGGAGGAGGAGAGCGGUGAAGGGCCGUCUGGUAGGGGGUCUCGGCGUGGAGAUGGGUCCUCUUCAGCGGUUUGUAGAAAAGCAUCCAGCAUUCUAAAUCAAAGUUUUACUCCCCCUGGUCCAGAAAAAGAGGAGCCUUCUCGCACACCUCAGGCCAAAUGUAAGCCUGCUCCACCCCCUAGUGUAGAUCACUCCUCUGGGGAACCCUCGGGAGGUUUCUUCUUGCAUUCAGGCUCUGAGGAAGCCCCUGGCUUGGAGGCAGAUCUGGAAGAUCUUGAAGAGGAAGAAGAUUUGGAUGAAGCUGCAACUACGAAGGAUCACAGGUGGCCAAGAAAAACAUUUAAUGAGGAAGAAGAAUCAGCCAAACUUCAGGAGGACAUGAAUGUAAAGGAGCACGAGGAUAAAGACUAUGGUGGCAGUGGCCGCUCCAGUCCCUGUCUCAGCGCUCACUCCCAGACGAGCAGUAUGGCCAGUAGCAGUGUUCGCAUGACCUCUUUUGCUGAGAGAAAAGCCCAGCAGCAACGUUUUGGCAGCAACCAUGACCUGCGCUCAAGUGCCUCCAGCUCCCAGAGAACCACUCCAGAUGGGUCAGAGUGCAGCGGCCCCCUGGGGUCCUCAUGGAGAAUGAAAAGGGACCAGAGCCCCUCAUCGCCGCUGGGAGGAUGCGCUCGAACAGCUGAUGGCAAUGGGGCAAAUAUCCUAGCCUCUGAGAUGGUGCAGCUCCGUAUGCAGCUGGAAGAAAAGAGACGUGCUAUUGAACAUCAGAAGAAGAAAAUGGAAGUAUUGUCGGCACGGCAGAGACAGAAAUUGGGCAAAGCAGCAUUCCUCCAUAUUGUGAAGAAAGGAGCAGGGAAGAGUGACACAUUGCCCAACCCACUUAAAGCAGACCUCUCCAAAGAUGAGCUCAAUGGUCAGAAGGAAAGUAUCAGUAAAGACGACAUGUGUGUGGAUGGGUUGAGAGGAGAGAAGGUAGAAGAUGCUCCAGUGAGUGCCUUAGAUGCAGAGAGGAAAACGAACAAUGGGAGUUUCUAUCUGGAGGAAGAGUUGGACCUGAAUGAGUGCAGUCGUUCCAUUGAGCUUCUGAAUGACGCCAUCAGCAGCAUCCAGCAGCAGAUGAUGCAGCUGUCUAUGCAGCAGGAGGUGUUAAUGAAGCAGAAUGUACAGUCUCCACAGGGAGCCGCUCCAGUGCCCAUCCCCACAGACAAGAGCAGUGACCACAAAGCCGGGGCCAGCUUUCACUAUGUGGAGCACCACAGCACAGCUCCCACUCGGAAGCCCCCUAAACUGAGCUCAGGCCGAACCCGGUCCAAACCCUCUGAGCUAAAGAUGGCCAAGGAACAAAGCCGUUCUGCUAAGCUUCAUGGUGCAGAGACCACAGGUCACUGUAAGCAGCCGACAGGGGGCAGGUCCCCCAGAACUGAAACGCCAGAGUCCCCCAGCCCUCGCAUCACCACAGAGACAAUCGACAGGCCAGUCUCCAGUCAUAGUCGAAACUCUUCCUUUAGACUUCACGAUGAGGCCAACAUGCGCAUCCCCACCAGAGUGGAUCUGAGUACGGUCAGUGCUCCUGAAGUGUCCUUUGACUGCCUGUCCAGCACCCUGAGGGAGUCCGAGCUCAACUCCUCUGACGGCUCCGGGAAGGAGAAUAUCCCCUCUGAGGAGGCCCAGCGCAGCAAAGCCCCUCUCAUCGAGGUCGAUCUGUCCGACCUGAAGGACCCGGAGGAGGAGGAGGAGGAGGGGGCAGAGAAGACCACCACAGAUGGAGAGCAGAAGUCGGUCCUGGGCUUCUUCUUCAAGGAUGAACAAAAGGCAGAAGAUGAGCUGGCCAAAAAGCGAGCAGCUUUCUUACUAAAACAGCAGAAGAAAGCAGAGGAGGCACGACUCCGCAAACAACAGCUGGAAGCAGAAUCAGAGCUGAAAAGGGAUGAGGCCCGACGGAAAGCAGAGGAGGAGCGUCAACGUAAGGAGGAUGAGAAGAAUCGACGUGAAUUGAUAAAGCAGGAGUAUCUCCGCAGGAAACAGCAGGAGAUGUUUGAGGAGCAGGGCCUUGUGAAGCCCAAGACACCAAAACCCAAACAGAAGCACAGAGGCAAGACUGUUCUCAGAGAGGAGUCCAGUGAUCAUUUCUCCAAGUGCUCUUCCACAGCUGACAACCUGAGUAAUGCCCAGUCAGGCUCCAGUCUGUCUUUGGCCUCUGCUGCAACAAAUGAGGCUGACAGUGUGAACUCGGGAGGGGCUGGUUCACAGCGGUGCGACUCCGUGGAGUCGUUUCCAGGAAGUCGAAAUCACAGUCGAACUGCAGAAAGAGACUGGGAUAAUGGCUCCACUGCAUCUUCAAUCACAUCCAUGGCCGAGUACACUGGUCCUAAGCUUUUUAAGGAGCCCAGUGCCAAGUCAAACAAGCCCAUCAUCCACAAUGCCAUUUCUCACUGUUGUUUAGCAGGCAAAGUCAAUGAACCUCAGAAGAACCAGAUUCUUGAGGAGUUGGAGAAGUGUGAGUCAAACCACUUGAUGAUCCUAUUUCGAGAUGGAGGAUGCCAGUUCCGGGCACUCUACUCUUACUUCCCUGACACUGAGGAGAUCCAUAAGCUGACUGGCACAGGGCCCAAGAGCAUAAGCAAAAAGAUGAUUGACAAGCUGUACAAGUACAGCUCGGACCGCAAACAGUUUACAGUCAUCCCUGCCAAGACUGUGUCUGUGAGUGUGGACGCUCUCACUAUCCACAACCAUUUGUGGCAGCCCAAAAGAAGUGCUGUGCCAAAGAAAGGUUCAAAAUAACGGGAGGUUCUAUCUAAGCCACAAUCAUCAAAUCUUCAUCUGUUUGUUUCCUGAAUAUUCUGCUCUGAUGCCUUCUGUCCAGCUCAUAUUAUGCUUUGAUGGUCCGCAGCCGGGGUCACUGCCUCAUGGUCAUUUGUUAGUGAACAUACAACUAAAAGGGGAAGUGUCAAGCUGGUGCUUGCAAAUAACACUAAAAGGAAUGGCAGUUCAUCACUGCUUCUUUGGGAUAUGUUUUUUAGGAAAAAAACAAGUCAAGCAUGUGGUAUUGGUUUCAUUUUCAGUGUGGUGGACAUUGCUUGUCAGCUCUGUUAGCUGGGGGGGCUCAGCUGCAGCUCUGAAAUAUUCCUCCUCAUGAAGAUGCCUUUGAACAAAGAUGAGGCACUGCAGGAGCUCUGUACCCUCAUGUACGUUGAACUAAACCAAGGGACUGUACUUUGAAACCCUUUAGGAUAGUGGGACCACACGGCUAUCCCUCAACUACGGUCUUUUCCUCUGUGGACCAUCACAUGUCUAAUAAGGCUGGCAUUGCCUUGUUCUGCCUCUUGGGGUCAUCUACUGCUCUGAACGUUUUUGUUGCUGGAGCUCCUCUGUCUCUUUUUACAUUUGUUGGCCUUUCACGCAUCGUGGUACUAUUGUCUAUUUAUUCAAUGGCUUUUUAAAUUUAGAUGCUGAUCGUAUAGCACUGGAUAUGUGAAUAGAAAAAAGUUCAAGGACGAUCAAUUUAUUGCUUUUAUUUGAUUAAACAUUCUUUUAUUAUCAAAAUUGUCCAAGAAAGGUUAAUGAUAGGCUUGGGUACAAAAUGUUGUUUUUUUGUUUUGUUUUGUUUUUAGGUUUUUAAUGGAUUAUUGAAACACGGUAAAGCAAUGUUAUGUGUUUACCCCAUAAGAGAUUUCUCUGAUGUUUAGAGUUUGUGUUUUUGUUAUUGUCACUGGGCACUUGAAUUGUCCUGUAAAAAAAAGUGCACUCAACACAUGUCGAAAGCUUGUGUCAUGCAAUGUAUCCCUCCUCUUGCGUGUUUCAGCCAGUCCCAUAAACACUACACUAGCCGUGCUCAUGCCGGGUCAAUCUAAGUAUUUGAUAUAUUCACAAAAGGUUUUCUGUGUGGGAUGGCAGGGAGGGGCUGCGGUACAGUUCAACAUUAAAGAACAUUCCUCCUAAGGUGUUAACGCUGCCACAUGGUCUCUCUCUUGACUUUUAAAAUUGUAUGUAUUUAAGUGCUUUUUCUUCCACACCGAUCGUUGGCCUCGAGAACAACCAGAAGUGUUGCACGAGCACUUUAUUUUGUGUUUGCUGGGGAUCGAAAAUGGGCAUGAAAUGUAGAGAACACUGCUAAUUUAAACUACUGUGGUGUGGGGGGGACCGUUCACUAAAAGCUGAAAUGGAUGUGAUAACUACUGCUGUGUCCAAAAAAACUACACAUGACUUGAUGUCUCAUUUGCUGCAUUUGUUUUGGCGAGGUGCUAGGACUUUAAAUGUGGUGUAUUUUUUUAUGUUCACUAAAGAUUGUAUUGGCAUUGGUCACCAUUUUGUUACACUAAAGUACUUUGCAUCCCUGUUUAUUUUAACUUUGAUCCCAUGCCAUCUAUUUAUUUUUAAUGAAGGCACUGAAUAAAUAAGUGAAUAAAGUCACAUUUUCAUUUUUA